AUGCAGGCGCUCGAGGAAAUGUUCGAACGAGCCACUACGACUGGGAAGCUGCCAGGAAUCGUCCUUGCUGCGGCGAGUCGCGAUGGUUCCUUGGAGUACUUCAAACCGUUCGGCAAAAGUCGAUUAGAAGAAGACUCCCCACCAGUCUCGUCUGACACAACAUUCUGUCUCGCCUCUGUCACGAAGUUGGUCACAUCUGUGGCCGCGAUGCAAGUGGUUGAGCGUGGCUUGGUAGGUCUAGAUGAUGACAUUACCAAAUUUGUACCCGAAUGGAAAUAUCCACAAAUCCUAGUGGGAUUUAGAGGCGAAGAACAUAGAGAGAAGCCUCUCUUGAUUCCAGCGCAGAAUCGAAUCACGUUGAGACAGCUAUUAUCCCAUUCUUCCGGGAUCGCCAGCUUGGACGAGGAAAAGUUAAUGAAAUACUACACUGUACUUGGCGAUAGCAGAGGAACUGUGCUUUUACGAUAUUUCAAGAAUAAUGACCCUGAAAUCAAAGCAAAGGCAUUAGAGGAGAUUCGGCAGGUCAUGGGCAGUUUAUCAGUUGAACCCCUUUUCUUUGAACCAGGGACAAGUUGGACGUACGGACAGAGCACCGAUUGGGCUGGCCAAAUUGUUGAGCGAGUCACAAACAUGACUCUCGAGCAAUACUGUCAAGAGAACAUAUUCAAGCGGCUCGGAAUGACACACACGACGUACCGUCUCUUAGACAAUCCACACGUCGCUGCCAACCUUAUUCAGAUGACAUCUCGAGACCCCGAAGGCACUGUCCAGCCGGUCGAGAGCGUAUAUCCAAUCGAUCCCAAAGUCGACAUGGGCGGUUCCAACCUAUAUACUUCUGGUACAGACUUCCUGAAGCUUCUCUCAUCUUUGCUCCGUAACGACGGAAAUUUACUUCGCCCUGAGACAACCGACCUCAUGUUCAAUUACAGCCUGCCUAAAACAGAGAUAUUUCGACAGUUCCGGACUAAUCCCGAACAUCUCAAAGAUAACUUCGGUGAUUUGGCUCCCGUCGGUAUGGAAGUUGACCAUUGUCUCGCCGGGAUGGUGAACCAAAGAGAUUUGUUAGGCGGUAGAAAGGCUGGCAGCAUAACUUGGCAAGGCGCCACGCGCUGUUAUUGGUGGAUUGACCGGACGGCUGGGCUUUGUGGAUUUUACGGCUCUCAGAUAAUGGUUGUCCACGACCAAGGCGUGACACGGGGAUUUAUUCGCGAGUUCGAGAAGACACUAUAUGAUGUAUAUGAGCCGGCUGCAAUUCAUCGCUAG